CAAAGGCUGAAAGUGAAAGCAGGCGAGGGUCGGGUCUGCGCCGAGUCCACAGACAGCUGCAAUGUCCGCGAUCAGCAGAGCAGAGUUUUUCACAGACAUCAUUCUCAGCAUUGAUGAAACUCCUUUUAAAGAUAAGGGAACAUUAAAGAACAUUGUUGAAAGCAGGAAGGAUUGUUACUCCUAUGAGAAGAAGGGUUCCUGUUACAGAGUGAAAGGAACCUUUGAACAGCUGCACAAACUUGUAAGAAGAUGCCAAAGAGCGACCGAUCAUCACAGUACUGCUACACAUGGACGGACAGGUCAGCACAGUCAUCACGCUUCCACUCGUGUCAAAUCUGUGGAAGUGUCUCGGGUUGUUAUGGACUACAUUAAUAAAAAAUGUGACGAAAAACUUGGAAAAAUUCUUGGAAACUGUUCACUGGUCCCUGUACCACAGUCUGACAUCACUGCACGGAUUACUUUCAGACCACAGAGCGACUCGUUCCGCCAAGCUGCCUUUGUCAGGCAGAGGUUCAUCACAUUUUACCAGAGAGUUGCGUCUGACCUGCACAUCAUAUCUGUCCCUGGGGAUCUACACGAGCAGAACAAGCUGCAGAGAAAAUUCCCAACUCUCAUCUUUGAACCAAGCAACAAUAAACUAACAGUCAUGGGACCUUUUCCACACAUAGCUGAAUUUAAGGAGUUUCUUUGGAAAAAUCGUUCAACCAAGCGUCUGGUCAGCAAAACUCCAACAGACAGUCUGAGCAACAGAAUCUCAGCGUCUUCAUCGGCACACAAAGAUCCUGAUGAUGAAUCCUGCCCCAUCUGUAUGGAAACAAUAGUCAGAAAUAAGAAAAAGACACUGCGGUGCAAGCACUCUUUCUGCAGCGACUGUCUGGAGAAAGCUUUUGUAUACAAGCCAGUCUGUCCCACCUGUGGGGAGUUAUAUGGCACUCUAAAGGGGACACAGCCUGAUGGAGGCACUAUGGAGGUCACCAAAAACACUUCACCUUUGCCUGGUUAUGAGAAGUAUGGAACAAUAGUCAUCCACUAUUAUAUUCCACGUGGCAUUCAAAAGGAGGAGCAUCCCAGCCCAGGUCAACCAUAUGAAGGAGCAUCCCGGACCGCCUACCUUCCAGACUCCCCGGAGGGCAGGAUGGUGCUGGGCCUGCUGAGGCGAGCCUUCGAUCAGAGACUCAUUUUCACCAUCGGACGCUCCACUACCAGUGGCAGAAACAAUACAGUCACAUGGAACGAUAUCCACCACAAAACCUCAACACAUGGAGGACCGACUCACUACGGAUACCCCGACCCCGAGUAUCUCAGCCGAGUUCGAGAUGAGCUGAAGGUCAAAGGAAUUGAGUAAGUUUAAGGUAAAAGACGCAGCCGUCCCAGACUGACCGCUGCUCAUCACCAGCUGAAGGCACACGAAGCGUUUCCUCUCGCUGUGCUUUCAUGAGUCGUGAUUUUUGACAAGAAGCCAGUUUAAGUUGAUUCUCCAUUAACUCCCCCCUAUUAAAUAUCAGCUACGUUGUAUAAAUGCACUUUGGUAACACUAACCAGAGGUCUUAAUAAGGAGGAUGGCUAACAUCCCCAGGGUCACUCAGUUGUGUUGUUGGACCUGCAGUGACUACGUUGUUUCACUCAGUGUCGACUAACAAACAUGCAAAGUGCUGGGAUGAUGCUGAUUUUUGUGUUGUUCUUUCAUUAUAUGUAUUUAGAUGUUUGUACACUGAUUAGGAGGCAUGUUUGUGACUGUCCAGAACUCCAAUUUCCUUUUUUUCAAAUUAUAAGCCACAUGAAGCUAAAUGAAGGUAAUGUUGAUUUCCUCUUCUGAGCACAGGCAGCCACAGCAUGGCUCCUCCAGGACUGGUGGUGCUAUUCUCCAGGCUGAUUGGUCAGUGAGCUGUGAUUGUAUACCUGUUCAAUCACACCUGUAACCUUGAACAGAACCUCCUCUUAAGCCGUUUAGAGUCGAUGUACGAGGUGAGAAGUGAAUCAUCACUAAACAAACUAAAGUAACAUUCAGCCCACAUCACACUUUGAGCUAAAACGUUGCUCUCCAGAGCGUCCGUGAGUGUACAAAGUGUGUGACGUUUAACACACACAGAAAGAGCAAAUAGUGCUUGUAUGAAUGAGUGUGAAGCGCUUUGAAAGAACUGUUCCAUUUACUAUUCAGGUUUGUGGUGACAGAGUGCUGAAUGCAGGGUAGUGUAUCAGUGUGUCGACCCACCGACAGGGUGACACAGCUCACUCUACCUGGUGUUUACGUUCAAACCUAAACGUCCCUGUAAGACUUCACUAGUGUUUGGUGAAGCUGUGUUUAUCAGUACGCUACAGCAGGCUGCACCACACAUCUGUGCCCAGCUGUGUCAUCCAUCAUUUGGUGGACUUUGUAUAAAAGUUGCAUUUAUUCUGACUGAAUUCACUGUGUUGCAAACAAAUAACAACAAAAACCAUGAGUGGGUGUGUCUGUGACUUCUGUUCAAUCAUUUUCAUUGGAAUUGAAGCUGGCCUGACAGAUUAGUGCUACACAGCUCACACAAGCACAGAGUUUGGUUUAAACAUCGAAGUCACACGUUAUGAUCUGGCUGUUCUUGGAUCUGUUUUCAGGACAGUACACAGACUGGAGGUCCCUUUAUUUAAAGAGCACACAUCACUUUGCUGCAACAUGUCAUGCCUUAUGCACAAGCCUCCUGAUGUCUCUUCUCUUGUUAGAUAUGGAAAAGAAGAAGGCCAUCCUAAUUAAGCAACAUCCUUCAUCACGUUCAUGGGGAAAAGGCUUUGUACAUUUUGACAGUGAACCAUAAACUUAUGCCUAAUUCAAACACAUCAAUAGGAGAAUGUGAGGUUCGAUUCUUCUGACAGCCUGACGUGUACCCAGCUAUCCAACAGACGGAUCAAUCUGAGGAGUUCAGCUAAAACGUAGAGACAACGGCUACAUCGGCUCCACUGAGAACCACAGUGGGCAAAGAUGUAAACACAGAGCUUCUGAUUUACAUACUGUAGGUUACACUUUACUGAUUAACCCUCUGACUUCACAAUGGGAUUAGUCGACCAAGUUAAAAUAACCUCAGAACUCCUGGGCACAUCUUGAGUGGGUUCACUGAGAUCACAGACCCACACUCUUUCCACUGAUAGUGGUACGGUUCAUACUCAUUUAAACUGAAAACUGCUUCCAAGAAGAAAUAAUGGCAUUAAAGAUACACAUCGAUGAACAUGAUGCAAUCAGUUUGUGCAGUUCUUAAGGCCUUUUGUUUUUGGUGUGCCGUGGUUGUUACUGGUGAAGGAACCUGCUUACGUUUCAGAUGACGUUCUCGAUUAGACGGAGUGUCCAGGUUCCCAGACUGAGCUUGUGUGGUGCAGACAGUAUAUCGCAUCAGAGUAACGUAAACAGUCAGUUUGGGACUUUGCUGUGUUUGGAGGUUCCUGGAGUUUCCCUGUACUGGAGAAGAGGUGGAUUAUGAGUCAUCAGACGGAGCUCGUUUCACUCAGUGAACACUUUUAUUUUAUGCACCCAAGACCAGGCAGCGUGAGCACAUUCUGGAGGAGGAGCCUGCAUUCAGCACCAUGUCUCACUGAAAUGUGUCAUUGUAGUUGGGAACGUACCAACUGUAGCUGUCACUGAUGCUGAGUUUGUUCUCUAUCAAAGUGGAACAUUUGAUCCUUAGUAAACAGAGUAAAAAGGCGCUGUCCCACCACCUGCUGCUUUAACCCUGGCGUGCUAACAUUAGCCGGUGUGUGUCUGUGAAGGUCAUCAGCUCUUUCCAAACUCCUUAUAGGGCUGAUGUUAGUCCUGCACCAAAAUCUGUUUUCAUUGCAAAUAAUUCAGAACUGUUUUUGUUCAACUACUUUUGAGAACAUUUCUCCUUUGAUCAGCACAGAAACGACAGAAGCUCAAAUCCAAAGCACCUUCUGCAGGAGCGUACCCAGGUCCACGAUCGGCCGUGUUAAUCCCACAGGAACUCCUCCACGAACAGCGAGAC